GGGCGGCAGCGCAGAGCGCUCGGCGGGACGGGGCGGGCGGUGGCGGGAGGCUCGGACCCGCCAUGAGCAGCAGCGCGGUCCCCGCGGCGCGGCUCUGCCGCCUGGAGCGGGGGCCGGACGGGUACGGCUUCCACCUGCACGGCGAGAAGGGCAAGCCGGGCCAGUUCAUCCGGCUGGUGGAGCCGGGCUCACCGGCCGAGCGCUCGGGGCUGCGCGCCGGGGACCGGCUGCUGGAGGUGGAUGGCGAGAACGUGGAACGGGAGAGCCAUCAGCAGGUGGUGGAGCGCAUCCGCGCCGCCGCCGGUGCCGUCAGCCUGCUCGUCGUGGACUCGGUGGCCGACGAGCAGAAGCACGGCGGGGCGGUCACCGAGCCCUCCGUGGGCGCCGGGCAGGCGGCCCCGGAGCCGGCGGAGCCCGCGGCGAGGGAGCCCAGCGGCGGGCAGCGGGAGGAGCUGCGGCCCCGGCUGUGCCACAUGAAGAAGGGUCCCAAUGGCUACGGCUUCAACCUGCACAGCGACAAGACCCGCCCGGGGCAGUACAUCCGCGCUGUGGACCCCGACUCGCCAGCCGAGGCGGCAGGGCUGGCCCCCCAGGACCGCAUCAUCGAGGUGAAUGGGGUGUGCAUGGAGGGCAAGCAGCACGCUGACGUGGUGGCAGCCAUCAAGGCGAGCGGCGAUGAGACCAGGCUGCUGGUGGUGGAUGUCCUCACCGAUGAGUUCUUCAAGAAGUGCAAGGUGGUGCCCUCGGAAGAGCAUCUCACAGGUCCCUUGCCAGAGCCAGUUGUCAAUGGCGAUGUAGGGAAGGAGAACGGCACAGAGCCGCGGUCCAGCUCCGUGUCCGAGAGCCCGUCCAGCCCCGGGCCGUUGGCCACGUCCCCCAACUCCAGCGAUACCCACAGCAAGUCUGACGCACAGGAGGGUGACAAGCGCCAUUCAGCAUCCGGCUCCCUCCUGGACCUCGACAUCCCACUGGCAGUGGCCAAGGAGCGGGCACACCAGAAGCGCACCAGCAAGCGGGCUCCCCAGAUGGACUGGAGCAAGAAAAAUGAACUGUUCAGCAACCUGUGAAGGCCCCGGGGAGGGGGUGAGGGUCCUAUGGCCCCCCCCGGCCUCACACCCACCUCUCCUGCAUCACCUCUCCUGC